AUGCACCAACUAUAUUCCCCUCUCUUGAUUGCUGCAAUCCUACAACUAUGCUCAGCCACCACACCUCUGAUCGCCAAGCCAGACCCUCACAUUUGCGGCCUCAGACUCAACAGCACCAAAGACCACCCCUGCACCAGUGUCCACGCCGGCCUUGACAUUCCCACCCUGAGCCUGCGAGAUGACUCGGAUAACCAGUCCUUCCGAUGGGGGGAGGGGGAGUGUUACGCCAUGGCGUUUGCCGAUGACCACACCAUCAUCAUCAUCUCUCCCGACUGGCGGACCAACCUCAAGCUCAUCACCAUCUCGCACAACGCCAUGAAGAAACGGGCUGACGAGAAUGGGUGUCACAUUCGCGCCGGCCAAACGACAACCCGCCCCCCCAAGGACCUUCCGAAGAAUGUCGGCAUGUCGGCCAGCCAGUGCGUGCGCAAGCUGCGCGUCCCGGGUGUGAUUUUCAACAAUCAUCUCAGCUGGAUUGAUCAUGCCAGACAUGUGAGCGGUGCACCCGGGAUCUCUUGCCAGGUUUUGCUCUUGCUGACCAUGCCUUGCUUGCCGCAGCUUCGAGUCAAGGUUCUCAAAACCGAGCAGUACAUGCGGCGAAUCUCCAGCUCCAUCAGAGGACCCCCGACGUGGCAGAUGCGAAGUCUCUUCUGCUCCAAUGUUCGACCCAUGCUUUUCUACGCCGGCGCCGCGUGGUACCUGCCCGACAACAAGCGACAUGCGGACAGCUGGAACACGGCCUUGAAGAUGCUCGAAGCGGCUCAGAGGAAAUGUCUGGUGGUUAUCUCAGGCGCCGUCAAAUAUCCGCCCUCAGAAUUGCUCCUGCACGAGUUGCGCAUUGAGACUGUCGACCGUCUCUUAUGGUGGCCAAUUCACAGUCCACCGUGCUCGUCAUGA